UUAGGCCACUGUUUACACCACUGGUAACAGCACUUUAUAUUUACUUUAUAUUUGUAGAGAGAGUUGUUGUGUUGGUUGUGUCGCGUCACGCAGCAGCAGGGGGCAGCUCUCCACAUCCACACACUGAACCAGGAGCUGCUUCAGUCGCACCGACAGCUGAUGGAUUAAAAACACCGUGACAUCCAGAAGUGUCUUUGAACAGCGAUAUCUCAACAUAGAAGUGGAGAUGUGGAACCUGCAGAUAUUGAGGAUGUACCUGUGAAGCCCACACAGAGAGCUAUGCUGCCUGUCAGUAGGCUAAUACUGAGCGCCAUGUGGAGGCUACCUACGGGACAACAGAAUCCAGAUAAAUUAGAUAAUUGGAUUGACUGCAACAGAUUAUAGCUCUCCUACUCUCGAUGCUUCAUAAGAAAACAACAUAAAUCUGAUCAUAUUUUACGCGGAGCUGUUGGAAAUAUAAAGACUGGCAGCCAUGCUGACCAGCUUUAUGGAGGGUCUUCUCUGCUGUUUGACCUCAAAGUCGGCCAACGUUGUGGUUCCUGUAGAAACCUCAGAACCGGCUGAUGGCUACGAGUUUGUGGAGGUGAAACCAGGCCGCGUCCUGCGGGUUCGACACAUCAUCCCUGACAGGCCGGUGGUGGAGGAGCCCACUGGGCCGGGUGGGAGCAUCAGCUGCAAACGGAAGAUCACAGUAUAUCGUAACGGACAGCUAUUCAUUGAGAACCUGGGUGACAGGGCGAGUGCGGAGCUGAAAAAUGGCCAGAAUGGAGAGACGGAACAAAACAGCACUGUGGAGGUUGAGCUGACCGACUGUGGGAACUCUUCGGCCCCCGUCAACAUCCCUGACGGCAGGUCGGACUCUAUCACAGCUGUAAAAGAUGGGACGGCUGAAACAGGAGCGGGAGAAGACACACCUGCUGCGGGACAGAAUGACCAGUCCCAACAACCCAGGAAGCGCAGGCGGAAGCCAAAGCGCUCUGUGGUGAUAGACUGUGAGAGGAAGAUAUCAGCCUGUAUAGGGACACAUGCAGACGUGGCCCUGUUCUUCAUCCAUGGAGUGGGAGGCUCACUGGAUAUCUGGGGCAGCCAGUUGGACUUCUUUUCCAGGCAGGGCUAUGAGGUCAUCGCUCCGGACCUGGCGGGUCAUGGGGCCAGCUCAGCACCACAGAUAGCGGCUGCAUACACUUUCUAUGCUCUGGCCGAGGACAUGAGGCUCAUCUUCAAGAGAUAUGCACGCAAGAGGAAUAUUCUCAUCGGACAUUCUUACGGUGUGUCGUUCUGUACCUUCCUGGCCCACGAGUUUCCGGAACAGGUCCACAAGAUGGUGAUGAUCAACGGAGGCGGUCCCACGGCUUUGGAGCCCAGCCUCUGCUCCAUCUUCAACCUGCCCACCUGUGUGCUUCACUGCCUCUCCCCGCUUCUCGCCUGGAGCUUUCUCAAGGCUGGCUUUGCCCGGCAGGGUGCCAAAGAGAAGCAGCUGCUGAAAGACAACAAUGCCUUCAACGUGUCGUCCUUUGUGCUACGCGCCAUGAUGAGUGGGCAGUACUGGCCUGAGGGGGACGAGGUCUACCAUGCUGAACUCACAGUGCCUGUCCUGCUGGUUCACGGCAUGCAUGACAAGUUUGUCCCCGUCGAAGAAGACCAGCGUAUGGCGGAGAUUCUCCUAAUGGGCUUCCUGAAGGUCUUGGAGGACGGCAGUCACAUGAUCAUGAUGGAGUGUCCCGAGGCUGUCAACACACUCCUGCAUGAGUUUCUCCUCUGGGAGCCGGCCACCCCUCCACCGCCAAAGAAGGAGUCCAAAACGCGUCCAGAAACUGCCAAAGCCUCAUCGGACAACAACAAGGCUACAUGUGACCCUUCCAAGGUCCGACCUGCAACUGCCAGGCAGACCUCAGCAAACAAGGAGGAGAAGCCAGAUGGCAAGGCCAAGCAAUGA